AUGGCUCCUUCUACUCCAGCUUGGGCCGACGGUCCGUUGCCCUUGAUCCAGACGCCAUCUGCCACCAAAGACACAAACGACCACCCUGCACACUACAUCGCCAAUGAAAUGGCCUGGGCCCACAAUGCCAUGCUACGCGGCCUCAACGCCAUCUACCUGCAAGCUCCCCACGUCCAGCAAGGCGACGCGGCAGACUUUCUCUUCUUCAUUGCCUCAUGGUCCGCCUGGGUCUUGCACCACCACACCAUCGAGGAGAAGCAGAUGUUUCCAGGCUUCGAGGCUGUGCCGGGCGUUGCCCCGGGCUCACUCUCGCACAACGUUGAGCAGCAUCACGAGUUCUCCGAGGGUCUGUCCGGCUUGCAGAAGUAUGCUACUGCCACCACCGCGGAUUCAUACUCAGGCGCACACGUCCAAAAGUUGGUGGAUGGAUUCUCCCCGAUAUUGCGACAGCAUCUGGCCGACGAAAUCGACACACUGUGGGCCAUGGACUCGGUCGCAGCCAACACGGAGCACAGCAAGAAGUUGCUCAACAUCUAUCAGCAGUGCGAGGCUGAGGCGGGCAAGCAGGACAAGUCGGUCGUGCCGCCAAUGGUGCUGGGGCUGUGUGACAAGACCUUCGAGGGCGGCAACGACUGGCCCAAGAUGCCCAUGGGGUCUGCGUACUUUGUGCACUAUCUGUUUGCGAGGAAGCACAGCAAGGCAUGGAGAUUUCUGCCGUGCGACACCUUUGGUAAACCACGGCCGCUGGCGUUUCUGGGCAAUAAUGGUGCUGGCAAGUGA